GUUCUGAAAGAGUGCCGCGAUUGUUGAGGUGCAGGCUGUUAAAUACGAGAUUUCUCCAAAGUUGUGUCAUCUGUUUUUGCCGGGUGUCGUCCUUUAACUCGGUAUCGUAUGAGUUUGUUGUCAUAUGCGAGUCUCGCUGAAACGUAGCAGUUUGUUGCGGGGACAAACGGCGGCGGUCUCACCAUAGGAAUUUGUUCGUUAGCGGCAGCUCAGCCACCUUGCGAUUCUGCUAGCAGUAGAGCUAGCCGACGUUAGCAGCAGCUGUAUUGCGGUGUGAAUCUACCGGGGGUCGGUAUGAAUAUGUCCGUUAACAGAGGCUGUCACGUUUCGAAGUAAGUCGCCGGUGCCGGGAUAAAACAUCAAGGGCUGUUUGCUCGCGAAGUAGCCACUUAGCCGUGCUAGCUAACGCUACCGGAUUGUCUUUCACAAAAGGACAACGCGUGAACAAGAGACUUCUUAGCUAACACAGCGCUGUCUUUUUGCUGAUAACUUUAUUGUUUUGAUCGCCACACAAAGAGCAUUACAGUCGUACAGAAUGAAUGGGUUCAGCACAGAGGAAGACAGCCACGAUGGACCGCCUGCUCCGCCGUUUUACGGGCAGAGCUGCUGUCUGAUCGAGGACGGAGAGCGCUGCGGCCGGUCAGCUGGAAACGCCUCCUUCAGCAAGAGGAUCCAGAAGAGCAUAUCCCAGAAGAAACUCAAACUGGACAUCGACAAGAGCGUAAGGCACUUAUACAUCUGUGACUUCCACAAGAACUUCAUCCAGAGCGUCCGCAACAAGAGGAAGAGGAAGACCAGUGACGAUGGUGGAGAGUCCCCUGAUCAUGAUGUGGAGGUGCCGGAGGUCGAUCUUUUCCAGCUGCAGGUGAACACGUUGAGACGCUACAAGCGACACUACAAGCUGCAGACCAGACCUGGACUCAACAAGGCCCAGCUGGCAGAGACGGUGAGUCGUCACUUCAGGAACAUCCCGGUGAACGAGAAGGAGACGCUGACCUACUUUAUUUACAUGGUGAAGAGCAGCAAGAGUCGCUUGGACCAGAAAGGUGACGGCGGCAAACCGCUGGACUAAACUCCCCGACGUCAACCACUGCAGCCCCAACAGUCAUCAACAACCACAGUGACAAAACCUGGACACCCUAAACGGCAUCAGCCGGCACCAGCUCCUGCUCCCCUGUCACCGUCCCACUCCUCUGAGACACAGACUCUUGUUGUCCUCUGAGGACAAAUGGAGGAGAUCCGAGGGCGGGAUGAGUUCACUUUUGCUCAUUCGGUCCUCUUAAAACGUCUCCAUGAUGGUUGAUUCUCCUCCGGUUCACCCCCUCUUCCUCUGCUCCGCUAAAGCCCGGUCCCUAAAGACUGUCGAGGACCAGGACUCAGUCCGCAGGGUUUCACGUCGUCAUGCUGUAAUGUAACCUGUCAAUAUGUACAAAAGAACAGCGUCCGAUCUUACGUAACUUGGUUGAAUGCAAUGUACGAUUAUAGCUGCCUUAAGAGUGAAAUACAAAACACUUUUUGGUAAUUUGGGGAAUUUUUUUGGUUUGCCGAUUUGACUGUUAACACGUUCACCAGGAAGAAUGCUUGUGCCAAACAGGAAGGAGUGCUGGAACUGAAUGAAGAGUUGGUUUUUUAUCGUGAAUGAAUGAAUCAUCGGAAAUGGGCGCCAAACACCUCAGGACUCAGGGUCAGUUUACUCCUUUAGUUGCACAAAAUUCACAUAUAAACCUUAAUUUUCAAUAAUGUCUAAAAACAAAAGGACGCUGAUCUGAGUCCUGAUCUUUAAUCCCUUAGCUGCCCUUUUCCAACUAGAAGUGAUGCGUUUAUGGACGGAUGGUGGUGAAUGAUGUAGCACCUGGUUGUGACCCACUCGUCACCUUCUUAAAAGCUGUUUUAUGUACGUAUGAACACACCGACCCAAUCGCCAGAAUAAAUGUUGGUAAAGUACGUUUCUGCAAAACCACGUAUGAGUUACAACUUCAUGUUUCUUAUGCUGUGAUCAGGUUCAGGCUCACAAGUAUAUCCCCUGAACUGGUACUUAAGUUUAAAUGAUAAACAGCCCUAUGUUAGGUUGAGAUAAAGAACAUGGUAUGGCUUCAAAUACGUGUUUUAUUUUGAAAUUUUCCCACGGUCUCCUUAAGAAUAUCUCGUCAUAUCACCCUGGUCCCCUGUAAAAAAUAUCAAGUGGUUUCAUCCUUCCAAAUGUUGAAACGCGAGACUUGAACUGGGGCCACAGGCUGACCAACCGUCUCGCCAGCACCACUGUCCACUCUGCCUCCCUGUAUGGACGUCACCUGAACGUAACAUGUUGUGUGAAAAUUGAAUUAAUUGAAAUUGUACGUGAGGUUUGCAGAAACGUUAACUGCCGACAUUUCAUCCCGGUGACUGGGCUGAAACACACACUGAUUUAUUUCCUCUGCGUCCAGGUGGUGGGAGUUAGGUUUUUUUUUUUCUUUCAUUUCUUCUCUUUAGUUCAGCCUUAAGUUGUAUAAAGUUGUGUCCGUCAGCGUAUUUGAUUUUUGAUUUAUCCACCUUGAAGUGGAGCGUGUGUUUGAGCGUGUGUGAUAGGAAUGUAAGAGUAAUUAUUAGCGUCUUUUUAAUAUUUAAGAGCAGUGGUGAUAGUGGACGACGUCUCAAAUGUUGAUUGACUCAACAGAAAACAAAUUCAAUGUUUUUUUUUCAUGCCCUCCCUCGACAUCAGCCUGCCACAAACACAAGCUGAGUAGAAGUUGUCUGAGAUCUUAAAAAUGUUUUCACUAGAGCUGCAACUAAUUCACUGAUUUGUUGUUUGGUCUAUAAAAUGCCCCCAAAUAGGGAAAUGUGGUUCAUCCUCAAAUGUCUUGUUUUAUCCACAACCCAAAAAUAACAGUCAAGAGAGGAGGAACGACACCAGAAAAAAGCUGGAAAGAAAAUUUUGACCUUUUUGUCUUGAUUUUUGGGGGCAGUACUUUGAAAAAAAGACACAUGUGGUUAUCAAACACUUGUGGUGAAGUGUGACACGAGGACAAGAUAUUUGACAGUUUGGCAACUUUCACCAGGAAUUCAGUAAUUAUUGAUCGCUCAGCUAAAUUUUCCUGCAUUGUAGUCUCUAAAAUGUUUUAGUACCGUUCAGUAUUGGAAAACCUAUACACUGAUACGCCUGUGACAAGCCAAGAACACUGGGUAAUAUCGACUUUAAUGAAAAUGUAGGUGAUUAUUUCAAUAACUGACAACUAAUUAGUUAAUCGUUGCAGCUCUUUUUCCCCCAUUUUUAUUCAUAUUUGAAAUAAUCAUGUGAAAUCAUGUCCAUCCCUAAAAUGUCUCAACGGUUCAGCACAAAUCUAAUUUGGCACAAAAAGUGGUUUCACACAUUUGUAUUUUAACAUGGUGACUCUGCACUCUGACUGUAAUCUUUGUAAUUAUUAAGUCAAUUUCAAGUCAUCGAUUAAUUGCUUUGUCAGAUCGUCAUUGUUUGUUGGAUUGGGUCACAAGUGGAAUCACAGACGUCUUGUGGUCGCUUCCCAUCAGAGCUGAACAUAAAACAUUUAAUACGAAGAAUCCAAAACUGCUGACAAGUGAAUGCACAGAGUUCUUAAUGCACUGCUGCAGGUCAAAGACAACUUCUUCAGCUCCACUUCUGUCUCGUUGGUUUUACAGAUCGGAUCGUCACACUCUGUAUUUAAGUUUGUCCACCACACUGAGUUUGUCUUCUUUUGACAGGGUCAUUUUUUUAAAAUCAUUUUUCUGUCUUUUUUUAGUGUCUGUUAUAUUUUCAGUUUUGCUUGUAGGUUUCUUAGUGUCAUGUAGAUAAACAACGGACUUUAUUAACACAUAGGCCAGGCCACAUUAACCUAAUUGUUGUAUUAGAAGAAAAAAAAACAUAUUUAAAUAUGGCUGCUUAUUGCUCCUAAUGAUGAUGAUAAUAUUAAUAAUAAAUGUAUUGUACAGGAAGAA